CACCUGUGGAAAUGGAGCAAGCGAAGGUGAACAUGAGCAAGGAGCUGGGUCCAGACACGGCUGCCUACUGCUGCCCCGAGUGCCGGGGUGACGAGAGCUGGAGCUGCAAACACCUGGUCCGCGGCCGGGCCAAGUCCCGGAGCCUGUCGGCCUCGCCCGCCCUGGGCAGCACCAAGGAGUUCAGAUCAGCACUCACCGGCCUUUCAGAGAUCUCACCGAGCAGAGCUUAGCGAGCUGUCUCUUCAGAACCUGUGGAAGCCCCACGCGGUGUGAAGGUUCCAUCCAGCAAGGGCAGCUCAGCGGAGCCAUGUGGCCAGUGCAAUGCCUGGCGCACGCCGCACCGCCGUCAGUGCAGCACGUCUCACCGGCACCUGCCCCUGUACAGCGAGAACGCGCUCUCUCCAUGGACCAUGCCCAGUGACCACGUUUGGACCAAAGGCCUGCGUGCUGCAGAACCCCCAGACCAUCAUGCACAUUCAGGACCCUGCGAGCCAGCGGUUGACGUGGAACAAGUCCCCGAAGAGUGUGCUCGUCAUCAAGAAGAUCCGAGAUGCCAGCCUGCUUCAGCCCUUCAAGGAGCUCUGCAUGUACCUCAUGGAGGAGAAUGGCAUGAUUGUGUACGUGGAGAAGAAGGUGCUGGAGGACCCUGCCAUUGCAUGUGACGACAACUUCGGACCAGUGAAGAAGAGGUUCUGCACCUUCCGGGAAGAUUACGACGACAUUUCCAACCAAAUAGACUUCAUCAUAUGCCUGGGAGGUGACGGGACCCUGCUGUACGCCUCCUCACUGUUCCAGGGCAGUGUGCCUCCUGUUAUGGCCUUCCACCUGGGCUCCCUGGGCUUCCUGACCCCGUUCACCUUCAAGAGCUUCCAGUCGCAGCUGACCCAGGUGAUCGAAGGGAACGCUGCCGUGGUGCUCCGGAGCCGGCUAAAGGUCAGGGUGGUGAAGGAGCCCCGCAGCAAGAAGAUGGCCGAGCACAACGGACUCAGCGAGAACGGGCUGCCAGGCCCCUCACUCGAGGGCGGGAAGCAGGCCCUGCAGUACCAGGUCCUGAACGAGGUUGUGAUCGACAGGGGCCCCUCCUCGUACCUGUCCAACGUGGAUGUCUACCUGGACGGACACCUCAUCACCACGGUGCAGGGCGACGGAGUGAUCGUGUCCACCCCAACGGGCAGCACGGCGUACGCGGCCGCGGCCGGUGCCUCCAUGAUCCACCCCAACGUGCCAGCCAUCAUGAUCACACCCAUCUGCCCUCACUCGCUGUCCUUCCGGCCCAUCGUGGUCCCCGCAGGGGUGGAGCUGAAGAUCACGCUGUCACCAGAAGCCAGGAACACUGCGUGGGUGUCCUUGGACGGACGGAAGCGGCAGGAGAUACGCCAUGGAGACAGCAUCACCAUCACCACCUCCUGCUACCCGCUCCCCUCCAUCUGCGUCCACGACCCUGUGAGUGACUGGUUUGAGAGCCUGGCGCAGUGUCUGCAUUGGAAUGUGCGCAAGAAGCAAGCCCACUUCGAGGAAGAGGAGGAGGCAGCCGAGGACGGCGAGGAGGGCUAGGCUGUGCCCACCUGCGGCGGGUGUCAGAGCUCCCCACUGGCCCCGUCCUGCCGGGCUGCAGCGGAGCAGGGACUGUGCCCACCUUUUGUGACCAGAUCAGCUUUUUAACAUUUUUAAAUCUGACUUUUUUCAUUGCUGAAGAAGCAAAGUGAGCACUGGGCAGGGAGCCCUAGCCGCCCCAGAGCAGGGCCCUUGUGACUGCAGGCCAGGACUUCCCAGUCGGUCUGUCAGAGUCUGUCCUUUGAUGUCGAAAUAAAUGUCUCAGCCAAAAGUCUUCGUCAGCAGCACUGCUUUUCCCCUGGGCCUGUAACUUCUUCCCUCAACUCUGGGGGCCUCCGAGGCUUCUCUGUGGACUGGCAGGGCCACCCAGGCGCCACAUUCCGACAACUGGGCGGCAGCGGCUCCGGGAGAUGUUUUAAAUCCUGUGCUUACUUUCUAGAGGUUCUUUUACACUUUCUGAAGUGCUUACGUACAUAUUUUCUUGUACACACUUUGUGACGCUGCCGCCAGAGGGACCGUCCUGGGUCCCGUUUACACUGUGUCCCGACCAGCUGCUGGGAAUGGCCCACAGGGCUGCGGCAGCUGGGGUGGCCUAGCUUCUGCCCUCACCUUUGCUCCUGAGUGGGGUCUCCACCUGCUGAGCUGGGGCAGGAAGGCGGGGCCGGCCUCUGCUGCAGUGUCUGGCGCUGGCAGGAGGCUCCCAGGGCACCCUGAGGUCCGUGUAGCCAGCGCCUGUGCACCUUCUUUCCGAGUGUCUGUUCCCUGGGGGUCCUCACUGGGUGUGGGGCUGAGGCAGGAGGAGCGCAUGUCCAUGGCCUGCCGUGGACCUCCCAAGACCCUGUCCCAGCUGGGCACGUGCUCACCAGCACUCGAGAGGCCCCGGGCUUGGUGCGCAGCACCCCCAUCCCUGCCUCCCUCACCAAGUGUCCCACCGUCCUGCUGGGGGCUCUGCCCAGGCCUGUCCUCGCCUGCCUGCCUGCCUUCUUGAGCAGGGCAGGACCUGCCAUGCAGAACUGGGUCGCUGGUGUGGACGGCAAGCGGGUGGUGGCCAAAACUUCCUGGUCAGCUGCUGCUGGGCUGCUGAGAACCCUUGGAUUUUUGAAGUAAAUUCUUAAUGUUUCAUAUUGUUAAUAUCUUGGAAAUUUGUUAAUUGUUGCUGAAAGCCUUAUUACUAUUUUCAGAUCCUUUCAAUAAACAGACUUGUAAAAAAGA